UAGGAAGAGAUGAAAUGAACUUUGCACUUGCAAAUGUCACUGAAUACAUUUUGAACAGGAUUUUAAAAGGUUCUCUUGCAAGCACUAUUUUUAACAGCCAAAUCCGCCCCCCAAAACAGAAAGGAAAAAGCCCUAGGUAUUUUUCUGUCAUCGAUCUGAGUUUCUGAUCAGCUGAAGCAUCUCUCACAACAUUUACCUGAAGCCGGUUUUAUUUUAUGUUUUUAUCAUUCAAGUUGAGAUUUUUGGAGGUGGUGUGGAUUUUUUGGGAAUGAAUAUUUUUAUUUUUUUUUUCUGGCAUGAAAAAAUUUGAGAAUUUAAUUGCAGUAGAAUACUUGGAAACAGUGAGGCUGGAAGCUUGAAAGGCAGAGGGAAGAGAAGGAAGGCUCUCACAGCAGAGCAUGGAUAGGAAAGGAGCUGUGAUUCUGCAGUGCUCAGUGUGCACAUGUUUUAUGAGAUCAGUGCCGGGCGCUGCAGCUGCGGACAGUAACUGAGCUGUCUGGCUAAUGAAGGCCACCUGGAUCAGGCUUCUGAAAAGAGCCAAAGGAGGACGUCUGAAGAAUUCUGAUAUCUGUGGUUCGGCGGACUCCUACACCAGCCGUCCAUCUGAUUCAGAUGUAUCUCUGGAAGAAGAUAGGGAAGCAGUGCGGAGAGAGGCAGAGCGACAGGCCCAGGCACAGCUUGAGAAAGCAAAGUCAAAACCUGUUGCAUUUGCAGUUCGGACAAAUGUUGGGUACAGUGCAGCUCAUGAUGACGAUGUUCCAGUCCCAGGCAUGGCCAUCUCAUUUGAGGCUAAAGAUUUUCUUCAUGUUAAAGAAAAAUUUAAUAAUGACUGGUGGAUAGGACGAUUGGUAAAAGAAGGCUGUGAAAUAGGAUUCAUACCAAGUCCAGUCAAACUAGAAAACAUGAGGCUGCAGCAUGAACAAAAGGCAAAACAAGGAAAAUUCUACUCCAGUAAAUCAGGAGGAAACUCUUCAUCCAGUUUGGGUGACAUCGUUCCUAGUUCCAGAAAAUCGACGCCUCCAUCAUCUGCUAUAGACAUAGAUGCCACUGGCUUAGAUGCAGAAGAAAAUGAUAUUCCAGCAAACCAUCGCUCCCCCAAACCCAGUGCAAACAGUGUAACAUCACCCCACUCCAAAGAGAAAAGAAUGCCCUUCUUUAAGAAGACAGAGCACAUCCCUCCUUAUGAUGUAGUGCCUUCUAUGCGACCAGUAGUUUUAGUGGGGCCUUCUCUGAAGGGAUAUGAGGUAACAGAUAUGAUGCAAAAAGCAUUAUUUGAUUUUUUAAAACAUAGAUUCGAAGGGCGUAUAUCAAUUACACGAGUCACAGCAGACAUCUCGCUUGCCAAACGCUCAGUGUUAAACAAUCCCAGUAAGCACGCGAUAAUAGAGCGAUCCAACACGAGAUCAAGCUUAGAUGUUUUAGCUGAAGUUCAAAGUGAAAUUGAACGGAUUUUUGAAUUAGCGAGGACACUGCAGUUAGUAGUGCUUGACGCUGAUACCAUUAACCACCCAGCUCAGCUAAGCAAAACCUCUCUGGCUCCCAUUAUUGUAUAUGUAAAGAUUUCUUCUCCUAAAGUUUUACAGAGGUUGAUAAAAUCUCGAGGGAAAUCUCAGGCCAAACACCUUAAUGUUCAGAUGGUGGCAGCUGAUAAACUGGCACAGUGUCCUCCCGAAAUGUUCGAUGUAAUUCUUGAUGAGAACCAGCUUGAAGAUGCUUGUGAACACCUUGCUGACUAUCUGGAAGCCUACUGGAAGGCUACACAUCCACCUAGCAGCAAUCCUCCUAACCAGCUUCUCACUCGCACACUUGCAACAGCCACUCUUCCUAUUAGCCCAGGUCCAAAUAUUAAUUUACAGCAGGGAUCUCAAGGAGACCAGAGGAAUGACCAUUCGGUCCCUGAACGCAGUGGUUCACAAAUUGAAGAGGAAGCAAGAGUUGAACCCAUCAAGAAAUCCCAGCACCGCUCUUCCUCAAGCCAACACCACAACCAUCGCAGUGGUGGUAGAGGCCUUCACAGGCAAGAAACUUUUGACUCAGAAACACAAGACAGCAGAGAUUCAGCUUAUGUAGAGCCAAAGGAGGACUACUCACAUGACCACGGUGACCACUAUGAUUCUCACAGGGAUCAUAAUCACAGAGACGAGUCCCAUGGGAGCAGUGAUCACAGACACAGAGAAUCAAGGCAUCGCUCAAAGGAGAGGGACCGCGAGCAGGACCACAAUGAAUGCAACAAACAGCGUAGUCGUCAUAAAUCAAGGGACCAAUAUUGUGACAAGGAUGGGGAAGUGAUAUCGAAAAAACGUAAUGAUGCGGGAGAAUGGAACAGGGAUGUUUACAUCCGUCAGUAACUUUUGCCUCUGGCAGUCUUGUGUUUCUUUGAAGUCUUGUAACAAUGGCCCUUGAAAAUAUCUUUGGGUUCUUCAUUGCAGAACACAUGGUAUCCUUCUGUAUGCUGAUUUGUAUUGCUGUUGCUUGCAUAGCAAUAGCAUGAAAUAGAAUAUUCAUAUACUUAUUUUUUUGGUUAGUGCUAUAUGAAUUAGUGUGGUACAACUGAAGAGUUCCUGAUGUUGUACUAUGACAUUUUUCAAGCUGUUUUUGGUAGCUGCCACUUGAACAAUAUCUGUUGCCAUCAAGGUGUUGUUAGUGUUUUUUAAAAAAAAGGUACAUUUGAUGUUUAAUAACUUCCCGUGUAUUCAGCAAGCCAAGAUCAGCACAUAAAAGAAUCUAAAACUUUUUGUCUGCUCUGAUUUUUAAUUUGUAUGCACUUGAUUUGCAUAUUGAUUUAAGCACCACUCUGUCGCUUGUACCUCUGGUGGUCUCCAUAUGAAGACAGAAUUGUCUUGCCUUACACACAGGGGAUCAUGGAGUCAAAAUCUAUUUUCUAUGUACUGGUACUGUGUACUGUAUAUACAGUUUAUAAAUGUUAUUUCUGCAGACACCUUCUUACUAUAUAAGUUUGAUCACACUGUUUUAGAGUCCUAAUGCCAAGUCAACAGAUUUGCUUUUGAAUUACUGGCAACUGGAACUAGCCUCACUUAGGAAAUCUGUAACAGUGUUCAAUCUAAAUACUUCUUCUUCUGUAGCAGAAAGCUUAUACUUAUUGUAAAUACGGAUGAGUGCUUGAGAUAAAGGGUGUAACUCUUUUACCUUAUGCUGUCCUUGCAAACCCAAUUUUGCAUUUCAAGGUUAUGGUAAAGAUAAUGACUUACCACUAUAAAUUAUUCUUCUCUGUUCAGGUCACAAGAUUGCAAUGGGCACAGCUUAAUUUUUGUUCUAUUGUCAGUAUACUAGAGCACACAUGUUGGAGGCGUGUAUGUGAGUGGUGGGUGGUGGAUGGGCGUACGUGUGCAUGUGCACAUUAGGCAGUGAAGUGUGAGAAUCUACUGAAGAAAACAAAGGUUACUCAACAGCCCAAAAAGUCUGCUUCUUCAUUCUGUCUGUUAAUUUAAAAAUCCAAAUUGCAGUCAGGGAAUAUGAGGGAGUUUACUGACCCAAGUAACUGGGAAAGUAGAAAUCUGCUGGCUCUUUGUUGAGACUUCGGGAGAGCAAAAACAGGCAAAUGUUACUGUGAGUUUCACUGGAAAUGUAAAAUCUUUGUUCUAGAGUAUUUGUUUUAGCAAGAAAAGUUUACACAGCUUGUGGAGAGAUAUUUUGUUGGAAAAUAAAUUUUUGUAGCUUCUC